GUUUGCAGCCUUUGAGAGUUUGGGCGAGAUGCCUCACAUGGUGGCUCUGAAUCGACCCUGGUCGGUUGGGUCGGAUGAUAGCGCAGUGCCGGCUGGCUGCUUUCUUGUCGUGCGACUUGUCUGGUUGUUUAUUUUCUCUUCUGUUGUGGCAAGACUUGAUAUACAAAAAGAGUUUUAUGUGAGAGAGGACGGGUCAUAUUUCUGUGAACAAGUUGGCCUACUACAGGCGUACAUAUCCAUGGAGAUUGCCAUCGUUCUGUUCACAGUAGGAGUGCUCUUAGUGAUAUUUAUAUUAAGUUUUCGAGGGUCGAUGGUUGAGACGGAAAAGAGACGUAGAAUUGUGGCACUGUGGUUGGCUGCUGGUAUCCUCACUAUUCUUGACGUCAUUUGGGCUUUGUUGGGCUCGGUGUGGACGUUUGGCUAUGGAUUGAAAAAGGACUGUUACGAACACAGCAAACAUCAGUAUAUCGUUCAAUUGCUGAUUGGAAUUGUGGUUUGUCAAUGGGUAAUGUUGCUGGUCGUUUUUCUUGCUUUAUUCUGCAUUUACACUCGUGUCGCAAAGCUGUACAAAGAGACCCCCACUUUGAGAAGGAGGCCGUCUCGACGUGCUUCGAUGUUUCGACGGGGUCACACAGAGCACGCAAAGAUAUGGCUUCGACGUUGCCAGUUGUUUUCAUGCAACUGUAGUUCUGAUGUUUCUGACGGCCGAUCGGAUGCUUUUACUGAAAUAAGCCAGCUGCUGGCUCGUUAUUUUGAGGAGUACGAUUUGGUGCCAUCUGACAUUGCUGUGGGUCUCAUACUGCUGAGACGAAAGUAUCAGGACGAUAAACGAAACUUUGAGAAAGGCUUCCAACGUUCUAACUCUGUAGCUUCAUUAUCCAGUAUUGGCAAGUCUGCUCUCUCUUGUACAUAUUCUUGUGACAAUAUGCCAGUUCUGGCAUCAUUCUAUGAAACGGGAGACAAAAACGAUAUUCUUUCGCUUCAAUACCAUUCUCGAUUUAUGGCUGCAGCAUACGGGUGGUCCAUGUUUCGUGGUAUGAACAGCUGUUUAUCAUGGCCAUGUAAAGCGGCUGCAAAUGUCAAUUGCGGCUGCUGCGGUCACGGUCAGCGCUACGAAUGGAACUUCGCCGACACCACAUGUCAGUGCCAGCUAUCGGCAGUCACCGAGUUGAUUUGUGAUGACAACGUGGAGGUCGUCUAUUCGAUUUGGCGUGACGAUGUGUUUGAAAUUCCGUUUUAUGUUGCUGUUGAUCACACCAAACGAUCUAUUGUGAUUGCUCUUCGUGGGAGUAGUUCGUUCAAUGAUGCACUAACUGAUCUCUGUGUCAAUGUUGUGGCAGUUGAUGUGGACGGAGUAGAAGACGGAUAUGUGCACAAGGGUAUGUACCAUGCUGCUCUGUAUGUCCGAGCAACGUUACAGACUGACCAGGUCUUGGAUACAUGGUUGGACAGAUAUCCGGGAUAUCAAGUGCUCACGAUCGGGCAUUCGCUCGGUGCGGGUGUAGCGGCACUGCUUGCAUUGCUACUUCGACCAACGUAUCCUAGUGUCUUCUGCUUUGCUUAUUCGCCGCCCGGGGCAUUAAUGAGUUUAGAGCUGGCUGAGUACAGUGCAGAUUUCGUGUUGACGUGUUUUGUUGGUAUGGAUAUCGUGCCUAGAGUAAGCUUCGCUACGGUCGAAGACUUGAAAGUCGAGUUAGUGAAAAUGAUAGCUGCCAGCAGAGCUCCAAAGUGGUCCGUGAUUGCACGUGCUUGUCCGUUCGCUUGUUGUGGGCUCUACUACUGUUGUUGCUGUUGUCUUUGCUGUCCUGGAGACGAAGUUAUAGGUGGAGAGCGAUUGGUAUCACCAAUAACUCAGGAGAACAUCACUAAACUCAAGAUGCCAUUCUAUCAGCUACGACAUCAAGAAAACAAAAACCAACGAAAACGAAUGUACGUCCCUGGCAAAAUACUACACAUACAACAUGAUGAGGACAUCGAUGGGUCUCAUCGAUAUAACGCCGUGUGGGCUAGUACGCAAGACUUCCAGAAAAUUGUCAUUUCGAACAAGAUGGUCAGCGAUCAUAUGGUACACAACGUUGUUGAAGCAAUCGAUCAGGUAGUCUAUACUCUUACUGACGAAGUCGAAUCAGGCGAGACUAGGAUUGAUAUGGAGGGUGCCGAGAGCUUUGUAGAAACAAACGGAUACGAUAGGAGUAUUCUCAAUGGAUCUGUUUCGCGAUUUGAGGCGGGUUCGCUGUCGAAUGCGUCAGACGAAGGUACCCUCAGGCGAGACCAGUUUCUUAUAAAGAAAGAACAUGAAGGAACGGUGAGGCGAGACCAGGUGUUUAUAAAGAAAAAAUAUAUGCCAUUGUCGGCAGAGAAUGGCACGCUCAGACGAGACGAGCUGUUUAUAACAAAACAGCCUGUCCUGUUGUCAGCAGAUGAAGUUACUAUCGGUCAAGAUCGGUUGCUUACAAAGAAGGAAUAUGUUCCAUCGAGUAGAGACGAUGGUACGUGUACUCUCGGUCGGGAACAGUCUCCCGUUGAGACAGAAUUUGUCGCAUUAAGUCACGAAACCAGUGUCUAGCUAAUAUGGCAAUUAAUGUUUUUACAACUGUUUCUAUCUUUUGGUCAACUCACAUCUCGGUUUUCUAAUCAACUUAGGAUUUCAUAGUAAAAAGAGAGAUAUUACAUGGAUAUACUGACUCUAUUAGCAUUCUAUCACAGGAGUAACGUACUAAACUUGUGUACAGUACGUACAUUAGAUAGAUCUUGCCGUUCUGUAUUGAAUUUAUUUGAUAUUUUGAUUAAAAGUAGUAACGAACGUUGUAAACAA